AUCUAGCUCAGUAUAUAUAACUUACGGAUUAUAGCUAAACAUACAGGUUGUAUAUAACUAUUCAGGUGAACGAGUCUCAGCUUACGGUGCACAAAACCCAGAAUGUAUUGGUUGGUCGUUCUUCUGUUGGUGAGAACUGUGCAUAGCAAUUCACAUAACCCUGAUGGUAAGUCUUCUUCUCUCGGGAUUCACUACUCAUUUAUUGCUCAAGAGACCCUAAUGGCCGAACUCUAAAACACUUCUUUUGUACUUUCAUAAGGCACUAAAUAUUACUAACAAUUCUCUUGCAACGAUGAAACGAGGGGAAAAAGAAAGAAGUACCACAGUCGGGAUCAAAUCACAUUUAGUUACCUUGUCGUUGUUUGAUGGCAGACCGAACCAAAAAACACUCGACACAGUUUGCUUUCAAUUGCAUAUGGGUGCACGCAUUUGGCAUAAUACUCGAAUGUAGAAGUACUGUGCUCCCUUUCUGGCCUGAUAAUGCGAGUUGGUUCUAGAGAGGUGUUUUUUUUAAUUACGACGUUAAAGUGGAGCAAUUUGAAAUAUUAAAUUGUGUCCGUUACUCUUAAGAGCCAGUCCAAAAUGAUUGGUUAUUUUCAAUGAGGCCAAGUGCAUUUUACAAAAUUGCAACAAAAAACUUAACUUCUCGAGUACAUGAGUUUGCCUGGUUUGUCUGUUUGAUUAUAAACAGUAAAUCAUAAAUGCCUCUGAGUUUCGUGUGAAAAUGAUUCGAACCGCUGCUACUGCUUGUCUUCAAGUUAACACCAGUUUCCAAAGUUAAUUUUAGGGAAACAAGUCAGAUUUUUCAGAAUAAAUAUAUUACUGAAUAAAACAUUCCAAGUUGAAAUCUGGUAAAUGGUUGGAACAAUUUUUUUUCCAAUUUUCGGGCAUUUUAAGAGAUAAUGAUAAUAAUUUGCCAAUUUGCAACGCUUCAUCCGAGGAGAAUGGAAUGGAACUGGCCAAUAUCCUUUCUGAAUGACUCAUAAUUCCAAGGAAAGGAGGGGGGAAGGACCCUGGGGAGUUAAAAAAAACAAAACAUUUCCUGGGGAAGCAUGCUCCGUACCCCCCACCCACCUUCCCCCUAGAAGCGUGCGCCUUGGGCGAUCAUUUAGGAAAUCGGUUAGUAUUUAUCCUACAUCCGCACUGAGACACCUUAACCAAUUACAAGGCCCAUGGGUCAUGGUGCAGUGUCAACAAAAUUUAUGGAUUUUAAUUUUUUCUCGCUUGUCUCACCAAAUCGCUGCUCCUCUGCUCUGAAGGAGUCAUUUUACAACUUACAAUAUUCUGAAUGUAAGGAAAACCUUAAGUUUUAGUUUGGUAAAAAAAAAAAGCAACAGAUAGCAGAGAAAAGUUGUAUUUAUUCUAAAAUGUUCUUCAUUUUUCUUAAACCCGCAUCGAAUAUCGUUAGAACUAUAACGGCGGUUUUUCACGCAGAUUAAAUUGUGUGCCGUAUUUUAGUACUAACUUUCACUUAACAAUAAGGUUAUAUUUAGUCAACUACUUGAACAACUUUUUUUUUCUGCGUUACCAUUGACUCCGGCCUUAUUGACAUUCUGGGCCCAGUUGCUCGAAGCAUGGUUAGCGUUAACCAGCGUUUAAUACCUUGACAACGUAUUGGUUUUGAUACUGCUUAACCAAUGGUUAAAGCUAACCAUGUUUUGAGCAACUCAGCCCUGAGUGGUUCUGAUUCGUUGUAGUUCUCUCCUCAAGAGGUUUUACCAAACAAGGGAUAAAGAAGUUUUUAAAAUAGUAUUCUUUGUAGAAAUCUCAUAGAUCAGAGCAACACGGGUAUUUGAAAUGAGUGAGACAGCUUUGUUGUUAUUACUGAACUCAUGUUCAUUUAGCAUCUUCUCUUGUUAAUAUAGCACCUUCUCUGGGUAAUAUAGUCUUCAGUGUUAAGCCGAUUCUACUAUUAAUUGUUUACGUUGAUAAAUUGAAAGCAAUUGCCUAGGUUUAAAGCACCACUAAAUAGUAUAAUUUGUUUGUUUAUGAAUAUAUUUUAAAACCAGUUUAUUUUAAUGGGGUAUUAUAGCCCCAUAAAUUUGCUCAACUAAAUACAUAUAUCUGAAAGUUUUUCAGCUCUAAAUAUCAGCCAUAGUGAUUAAUCAUUAUAAGGACAAAUCUGCCAAGUAACAUUAGAUAUAAUUUUAAGGAUGAAAGUUUAUUUGAAAAGCAUUGAAGACAUAAGAAGAAUUCAUAUCUAAUUAUACGUCGUGACAAAAAUUUUACAUGCAGCUACAGCUUAAAUUUAUUUAUAAGAUUGAGAUACUGGCUAGGUUCACGAAAUUAUCACGCAAAAAAGGAUGCUAUCAAAAUAUGAGCUAAUAUUCUGUAUCAAUAUUAAACCCCAAAAAAGAAUGUAUCGGUUACUAGCCAGCUUCCAAGGGAUAAAAAAUGGACCGUGAAAAGGAGUUUUAGGUACACACCGAACGGUUGUCAUUGUAAAUUUUAAAAUUAACCCAAUUUAUGUUGAACACACCAAAACCGUUUUAUGUUGUUGAUUUACAAAUGCCACCAGCCUGUAUAUAAUGAAGCAUUUAAUAUAUUGAUAGCUAUUACGAGUAUCAGACUAGGGGAGGGGACGACUGUGUAUUCCUGUAUAGCUGUAUCUUUUUGAAAAUGCUUCAAGUAAUAUAUCAAACAUGAGACGCAGUGUUUCAUCACCAGAUGAAACACCGAGAAGAGAGUUGAAAAUACGACGCGCAGCGGAGUAUUUUUGACGAACUUCGAGGUGUUUCAUCUGGUGAUGAAACACUGUGUCGAAUGUUUGAUAUUUCUUCUCGAACAAAAUCAUUUUUGAAGGAGAAAUUAAGGAUGCAAAUACUGAGCAGUUUUUCAUCCGAUUUCCGAACACUCAUUAAACAUUAAUUUUCUUUGUAUUUUCUUUAUGAAUUAUUAAUGAGUUUGAGAAGAUAAAAUAAAUUGUACCUUAAGAGUAAGGCGCUGUUUCAUACAUUUAACAUGUCAAGAAGUUUGGCCCGCUUUCCGAAAACGUAUUUUAUUUUAUUUUUGAGGGAAAAGUUCUAUUCUCUCCAUUUCAAGUCACCGAACGUUAAGCAAAUAUAUUUUGGUUUUAAUUCCUACCUUUAGUCAGUCCACUUCGAGGGUUUGCGUACUAGGAAAGGGACGACCGCCAAUUUUUUCUUUGAAGCCCAUUUCUAUGUCCAAAACGCUUCGCGCGCAUGCGUUUGGGUUUUGAAACGCUUCUAGACUUUUCGCAGAACAACGCCUCUCGACGUAGUUCCAGUCGUUGACGGUAAGGGCAUUAACCGUAGUCAAACGAGAUAAAUCAUAAAACCCGUAAGAAAAGUGUUCAAAAUUUAGGAUCGUCCCUGCAACACGCUGUUUAUUUAAUAAACUUUUUGAAUCUCUACUAAAACAAAGUUGAGUCUAAGUGCUGGAAAACUAAGGGCCUGUUUACAUGGAGAGGCCCCCAGGGUAGGUGAGGUAACCUGCUUAGGUGGGGUAAUCCGCCUCUCCAUGUAAUCUCGCAUUUUAAUUUGAUCACGUUUACAUGAUAGGUGGGGUGACCCGCCACUUGUUACCUCACCUAUCUGGGAUCCCCCACCUCCAUGUAAACAAGCCCUAAAACUAGUAUUAAUGCCGGAGUCACUAAUUUGCCAACAAAAUUUGUCUCGGCCGCGUAGCGUUUUUAAUGAAAAUAAAGAAGCUCGUUGUUUGGAGAACAAUGUAAAGAUCGUUAAAUACUAAUUCUGUUAUACAUAUCUUUGUCCAUGUUUUCACUUAUGGUGAAUGAAACCCCAAGAAACAAACAAACAAACAAAGAACACUUCAGACGUUUGAUCACGGUGGAGUAUGAGCGUCACCUAGGUUUUCGUUUCUUGUGCAAUUACGUUUUACCUCACGGUAAUCCUGUCUUGCUUUCAGCUUAACAACAAGGACGAAUCAAAAUUCAAAAGACCGAAAGGGAAAACUCAAUUUCAAACGUUAUCAAAAAUAAUUGAAAUUUUGGAUUCAUUCAAGAACAGCCCAGAUGUUUGGUGUUGACUUUUAAUAACCCAUACUUGUUCAUACUUGUUAUUGUUUUUUUUCAGAAAAUCAAGGCAUAGAUGAUCCUAACCUUUAUUUUGAGGGAGACAUGAUUCUUACACCAGAACAACGUUACAGAGUGGAGCAUGGGAAACCUGUGUUUGGCUCUAACCGGCGCAAACGAGGUGCAAGCACGUUCGCCUUGUGGCCACUUGGGGUACUUGUCUAUGAAAUCGAUCCCUCCCUUGGUGAGUUCUCGGUGAAACCAAGCCAAAUCCUAGUUAUUAUUUUAAGCUGAAGGUUAAUCAAUCUUGGCCUUUGCGCUACUGCAUAAGUUAUUGCACUAAGUCACUUUAAAAGUUUCCGUUAUACAGUAACAAACCCACCACGUUAUUACAGCCAAUCCGUUAUGACAAACAUUUUUUUUUCCUGCACGAACAUAAUUACAGUCAUUUUCUUACAAAGUAAUUUUUUAGACCUCCUCAAAGUGACCAGUCAAAUUACUUAAAUCGUGAGACCGGUUUGCAAGUAAGCGAAGCAAUCAAUCUGAUAAACAGGUACUGUUCGUUAUCGAGAGACGCUAAAAUUGCUAAAUGAGCGUUCAAAAUGAAUGAUCGAUAUCGUUAACCGUAAGAUUGACUGUCAGAAAUAGAUUAUGCUUGUCAGUAUAUAGCCCAGUGAGUAUACCUGUAAUAUAACGAACAUUUUGCAACGUUACAUCCGUUAGAAAACACCACCGUGACUACAACCACACCGUGACGACGACGUCGGAAUUAAAACGCGAUAUAUUUGAUGAGCAAAAUAGCACCUCGGCUCGCGCAUUGCACAUUAGUUUGUGAUCACUCCACAGCUAUGACGUGGAACUUUACAAAGUUACGUUUUUAUAGAGGACGUUAAAAUCGAUGUUCUUCUAUUUCUAAAAUUUGAUGUGUUCCCAAAUUAUCAACUCUUCAUGAAAAUUCGCCAACAUUUGACCAGUUAGAGCCUGUUGAAAUAAUCUCGAUAAAAUUAACGUUUGGAUGCUUUCGCUUUCGCGGUUGCUUGGACUCCCCGGAAUCCCCUAGCCCGGGGGGGUUAGUCUAUGGAGGCUCUGAGUGGGCCUAAAUGACAACUGAUCCAGUAUUUAACCACUGAACUGAUUUUCAGCGGGAAAUCCCACUGCAAUGGACGCUAUAAACGCAGGAAUGGAUGAAUGGACCUCAAAAACUUGCAUACGCUUUAAAAAGAGGACGAACGAGCCAUCCUACGUCGUAUUCCAGGAUGGUAACGGGUAAGAACUCUUGAAAAUGAUCACUUGCAUUCAAAAAACAUUUGAUUCAGUAGCAGAUCCAGGGGAGGGACCCGGGGGCCCCGUCCCCUUAUUUUGAGUCCAAACCGUCGGCGGCCCAAAGGGCCUAAAAAAAAUUUUUUUUGGAGACCCCCUCCCCCCACAACUCCUACCUAUAGGUCUGGAUCCACCACUAUGAUUGGCACCAAAGGGACUAAUUUUUAUCACCGCCCGCCAGAAAUGAGCAGGGAUAUUGAGGCCAAGAAUAUAAAUGUAGCCAGAUAUCAAACUUUCGAGAAAUAUCUCUUGACCAAUACGUUCUCAGGCUGGUAAAAUGUGCAGUUAGUACAUGAUAAACUGGCCUAAGAGUUAAGGUAUGGUGGUUACACAGGGAACCCGAACGCUGUAUUAACUAAGAAAAUAAUCAGUUGCUAUAUAUUUACCUGUGUUUCCUCGGUGAAUCCAAUCAAAGACGAUUUAAAAACAUUGCCGGUAUCAAAUGUUUGCUUGUCUGGCGCGUCCUAAAUAGGACCCGACAGUUACGUCUCAAGUUUCCAGAAUUGUUAACUAUUAACUCUCCUCGUGCCCGUGACAUUGAAACUCGAGAUCGUCUCCCAACGAACGUAAAUAGUUAACUUGAGACUUAACUGGUGCGUCCUAUUUAUGACGCACCAGACAAGCAAACGGCUAAAAAUAAAGACUCAGGAAACACAGGUAAGUAACAUUUUAUUAGCUAACACAGCGUUAGAGUUCCCUGUGGUGGUUACAUCAAAUUUAAUUUAUACUUUUUUUUUAUUUUUCGUGAGCAGAGCGACAAAACAUAAGGCGUAAAGAAGGGUUUGGUCGAAAAACCGAAGACUCUCAUGGCGAAGCCUCCGUGGCAGGAGCCGGAUGGUUUUACAGAGCACGCAAGGGGAACAUACGCGCGCACGUCGCCAGUGUGUCCUCAAAAUAGCUGACCUCCAUACCGGCGCCUGCUACGAAGGCUACAUAUAGCGCGUCAAAAAAUAUUCAAGGACAUGUUACGCCACAUUAUUUUGUUUUCGUGAUGGAGACAAUUUACCACUGACUGUGAUGGAAUCAAUUUACCAUCGUUAGUUUUUUCACCUCCUUGAUAUCUGCAAAGAAUUUACUUCUGUGACGACGGAACACUUAAUUCCACCCUAGUAUCAUCGAGUUUUUUUUCUAGGGAAAACCUAAUAAAAUCGAAAAAAAAAAUUGACUAAAAUGCACAAUGAAUUAACUAAAACAAUACAUGGAACUGAACUGACCUCAUGAUUUUUAGGUUCAUCUGAUUCCACGACAAAUGACACUCUCAAAUUCCCUCUAUCUUCGCAUCUGUACCUUUUCUUUGAUAUGCGCAGGAGCCGAUAACUUAAUAGGUUCCCGAUAUGCGAUAUUUCUGCCUUCCUUGGCUAAAAUUGACCCUAAAAUCUAUGAUUUUAAAGCUUGUUACUUGACCGCCAUGACCGCCAUUACUGUCUUGCAAUACUUUUAAACAGCGGUUUUUAUUUGACCACAAGGAUAUAUUUCACAACUCAAUGUGUCCCGCCUUUUGGCCUUCAAUAUUAUUUGCCUGGUACCAGCGGUUAAAUUCCUCCUGCCCGCCUAUUAACAGGGAAAAGAGGUAUCUGCUAGCAGGGAAAUUUCAUGGCAGACUAAAUUUUAAUUACUCGAACUGAAAUUCUAACAUUCUCAAAAAAGCUAGACAAACAGGGCGCAGGAUGGCAAGAUGUUGUAUCAAGCAUCCGUACAUAUACAACACAACACAGGAAUUGUUUUGUUCACUGACACUAGGCCGACUAAAUCCCUAGCGAAGUACUUUCCCGGUUAACAUCUAUGUAAUGGGAAACCGUUAUAGAUUAAGGUUGUCAUGAUGUGGAAGAUAUUGAUCAGAGUCUAACAUGAAACAAUCACAGCACACUGUCUAAGCGAUAAAACCAAGGGUUUCCAAUAGGUUUUUCAGGCUCGGGAUUUGCUUUUAAUUAGGACUUUCUUCACAGAGAAUGCUUUAACUACACGCAGUAUAUUAUGUAAGGGGAUCCGGAUUCCGGAAUCGGGGAAAUUUUUGCAUGAGGAAUCGAGAAUCCUGGACUUUUGAAUCCGCAAUACAGCAUAAGGAAUCCCGAAUCUAAAUUCCACUGAAAAAGGUCUGGAAUCCAGUACCUUGAAUCCGGAAUCAACGGCGUGGAAUCCAGAAUCCAAGACUGUUUUGGAUUCCCUUACGUGGAGCAAUUUUUCCCUCUCUCUAGGUGCUCUUCGAAUAUUGGAAGGACUAGGCGUCAACCGCAACAAAUCAAUCUUGCGAGGGGAUGCCGUACCAGAGGGAUUGUUGCUCACGAAAUAGGUAAAUCGAUAUAUAUUCAUAUCAUUUAAUAAGUGACAUUAAUUUAAAAGGACGUUUUCACCAAAGCAAUUUCUUUUAUCGUUUGUUGGUUCUAAGGAACCUACAUUACAAGAGAGAUGGCAGUCGGUUGAUUUGGUUAGGGCAAGAAUUUUUUUCUUAGUGAUCAUCAGAUUUACCCUCACUUUCUUUAUGUUCUUAAAAGUCUGUUAUAGUAACCCCAUUCUCCCUUUAUCUCUAUGCAAGAAAUCUGUUUCGUCUGAUCUGUCAAGGAGUUCUCUAAAGAAUUUGGUCGAAAAUGAUUAAAGUUCAAGUUGUGUUUAAUAUAAAGACUUGCGGAGCUCUCGUUCGUUCUCUAAGUUGAAUCCCAGCAGUACCCCUAUCCACCCGGAGCUGGUCUGAUAUGUCCGCUGAUAUGGUACCAUACGAUGAGUUUUUAUUUUUUGUUUGUAGGACACGCCCUCGGUUUCUUCCACGAACAGUCUCGUGCUGACAGAGACUCUUUUGUUAGGAUAUUGACACAAAACAUAAGACCAGGUAAGAAUGUAAAUGUCAUACCGUCAUUUUUUAUCGUUUAGUAAUGGUAUAAACACUAAACAUGGCAAUGCCGAUUAUUCCUAGCAACCCCAUGGACCAGGCACCCCUAAAUUUCUUGGCACCCAGACCAACUGAAUCAUUUACACAGUAAAAAUUAAAGGUGCCGUGCCCAAAACGUUUUUCGUUUCGUACACAGGUAUGAUUGGGCACUACGAACUAUCACAUACCCCCGGGGAUACUCCCUAUAGUGGCCCGUACAGAGAAGCUCCGCCAUUUUCAGGCUUCAGUUAUAUGAAAGGGUGGGGAUUUCUCUCGUUGAACUAUAUGAAAGAGCUAUCUAGUAGAUGCAUUUUAUAGCUGAUAAAAAGUGUAGAAAACGUUCUGGUUUUGUGAGUCACAGUCAACUCUCUCUUAACGGACACCUCUAUAAGACGGACACCUCUGUAAAACGGACACCUAUAGUUGGUCCCUGCCUUUCUUUUACUCCCUUUAUGUGACUCUCUAUAAGACGGACACCUCUCUAAGACGGACACUUAGUGCCGGUCCCAAAGGUGUCCGUCUUAGAGAGAGUUGACUGUAUUCAUAUUAAAAAGCCGACAGUGAAUUUACAGCAGUUAAAGGGGCGCAAAGUUUUUAUUAUAACUUGGUAUGUGAAAGGGGUACCAUUUGCCAAUGAAAGUUAUGAUAAAGAGGAAUGGAAAAAUGGUUAAAAUUGUCAAAAAUGGUAUAUUGAUGGUAUAUAAAAGGAUGAGGGGUUGGACCUCGGGGUGAAGACUCCCCGCAUAAAACGUUGUUGAGCACCCCCCCCCCCGGUCAAAAGCUUUGCAUUGUACUCUUGUACUCCACGGAAGUUACAUACAAUGGAACCUUGAUAAAACGAACCUCUAUGUAACGAAGGCCUCGAUCGGUAUAACGAACGAUUUUCUUUACCUCCCAAAUGAAUAGUAAAAUGCAUGAAAAAGAAUCUCGAUACAACGAAACCUUGUUAUAGCAAAAACACUUUGGCAUUCCCUUGACCCUUCGUUAUAUCGAGGUUCCACUGCUCUUGUUUCUUUUUUAUCACAUUUUUACAGGUUUCGAAAACAAUUUUCUCAAGUACGACAAUGGUUUUAUUAAUUCCCUUGGGAGUCCCUACGAUUAUGGAAGCUUGAUGCACUACGGAGACAAAUUCUUUACCAAAAAUGGUCAGCCCACGAUUGAAGUUCUAACGCCAGCUGGGGUAUGUUGCUAUUAAGGCUACCAGUUUAGUGCUCACGAACACGCGCUUAAGGACUGAUGUGAUAAUAGCAUUGUCAUCAGGGGAGCAAACAAGUGAAAAAAAUAGCCUUUGCAAAAAAUCGCGGUCGAGUCUGUUUAUUCUAGAGAACAGAAAAUGAAGAAGUUUUCAUCUAAAAGACGAUAAUGGCAAAUAUUAUUAUGGAUGGAAGUGGUCAUUGUUACUUUUUGGGAUACAGUGGCGAUCGACUGUAGAUGUCCUCAUUGCAAACAAUAUAUGACGUAAAACUUGUCGAAAUUUGACCUGAACGCUUCGCAUGACUAUUAAAUCGUCGUCUAGAUUUGAUAGAAUAAACAAACACGACCCCAAUUACUCGUGUUGGUAAAGAUUUUAUCACUAGCCUGCGAGUAAGCUCUCCUAUUUCGGCGAGUGAAGCGAGUCUCGCGAGAACGCGCGAGCGAGCGGCGAAGCUGCGAGUCCGUGCUCGCACGUUCUCGCGAGGCUCACUUCGCUUGCCCAAAUAGGAGAGCUUGCUCGCAGGCUAUUUUACCACUAGCUUGCCCGCUGAAAUACUACUUGACAUUGGCAAAGAUGACAAGUAUCGUAAAUAAGGUCUCUUCAUUUUAUUGCGGGCGACAAGAGGAGCCCUCAAUUCUAAUCUCCAGUUUGUUAUUACGCAUGCGUCGCAUGUAUGUAGCCAACAUUUGUUUGAACUUCCAUUAAGAAUGCAUGGAAUGUACAAAAUGCAAUUUGAUCACGCGCGUUUGAACCUUCUAUCACUCGUAAUCUGGUCACGUGUGUCUUGAUUAUCUGUCACGUGAAGCUUACGCAAGGCACAGCGCUAUAGCAAAAGCGUUUAGACCUUCGAUCUGUGUCGCCCAAACUCCGUAACCUUUGGUUAUUACUAGUUAAUAUUGCAUUACUAAGGUUCGUGAAGGGGUGAGAUCACUAUUGACACUGAAGGGCAUCUGUGGGGCAUUUUUGACUCAGAAGAUCAAUUUGUUGGGUUCAUGGGAAGCUGCCCACUUACCCCUCCCCGAAGCCAACAUUUUCCCCUAAGUGAGAAUUAAGUGUUAAUGUUGGUUUAGGGGAGGGGUAGGUGGGAAUUUUACCAGAAACCUCAAUCAAAUGGGUCUGAUUUGGCCCUAAUAUGAAAUACAAGAUCUGGUCUUCAUGAAAAGGAAUUGAAAAGGCUGUAGUCGUCAAGAAGUUAAUUCCAUUCCUCAUUUUACUUUUUUCUUUUAGGCUGAAAUUGGCCAAAGAAAUAACCUAAGUUCAACUGAUGCGCAACAAGCAAACCUGCUCUACCAGGCAUUGUGCGACGGUAAGCUCUACAGACAAGCCAACGACAAUUUAGUUCCCUGCAUUCAAAGUUACCUAUCAUGAAUCGCAUGCAUUUGGAAAGUUGUAGUCAGCAGUUGUCGUCAGUAGUUGACGUAGUAUUAUUAGUAUUGGCUCUCCAUAUAAACACUAUAUAGCCAGGGUCCUGGCUUAAGUAGUUUAGACUGAGGACAAAAAAGCGACUCAAUUAACAGUAAUUCAACUUUAUUUUUAGUUAAACUUAAUUUUUAUUUAGAAAUUGGAAAGUCUUAGAACCCUUGUGGAAAGCAAACUUUAAAAAGAAUACGAUAAUUUAUAUGAAGACAGAUCGAGUUAGUUCAAAAUUACAAUAAUGUGCUGUUAAAUUGAUUACUUCUAAACUGAUUUCUUUUCAGCGCGGCCUAAAACUGCAGGUAUGUUAAACACCUUAUUUCUAAAACAUGAUUAAACACCACACCUUUUAUUUGGCAACACACGCUACUCCGGUCCCCGUCUUCCCCCACACCCAUCCUUGCCAAAGCAAGUGUCAUUUUGGCUAAGGUGAGAAAGAUUUGCGCUAUCACGUGGUAUGACCCUCUAUUGAGCAUUGUUGAGGUCCGCGGUCUUAAAGGAAAGAAAAGAUCAUGUUUUCCCGCCAGUGCCUGAGAUGAUUUUAGCAGGAAAUGCAUUAGAACUAUUCUCCUUUCCCUCUUGCCAGUUGAGCAAUCCAUUAUUUUUUGUAAAACGAAAGCGUACCUUAUGACGAUUGGAGCGGUUUGAGCAAUGUGAAAACUAAAAUGCCUUUUUUGCAUCCCAUAAGCCCAAAGAUCAAACUAAGACAAAAAGGAGAAGAUGAUUAUAGGAAAGAGAAAGAAGUAACGUUUUUUUCAAAAUCUAGCUACAUAUUCAGUUUUAACUUAUAAAUUUUACACGAAUAUUCAUGAACGUGUGGUGAAUACGCAAAUACAUCCAUCCACCCACCUAUUUUUAAAAAAACUACAAAGCAAAGUAAACUGUUUUAUUAAUUUUAAUCUUGCAGUACCAAGCACAGCUCCUCCUCCUCCUCCUACAACUGGUGAGUGAGUUUUCUAAGGAAGACCCCAACCCUUUAACCUCAUUCUAAGAGAUAAUCAAAACUGGUUUUCCGACUGGGAGCAUCCGUUUAUUGAUAAACCAAUGGUCAUAAAUGUGCCCGCUGUACCAAGCGCACUGCUAUUAAGCCUGUGUUAGAAUAUUAUAUCUCAGCAACAAGCAGCACAGUCAAGCAAGAUCUCCCUUAAUUCAUUACGUUCUCGAGUAUGCUGCCAUUACAAAAUCGAGAAGUGAAAGGGAAGCUUUGAUAAAAGGCCAUGCACAGUUGUAAUUGUAAAAUACAUGACUCACAUUCUUUUACGAUCGAUCAAUUGCUAGAUUUGAACGAGUGCCUCUCUUCAUCCUGUGGCGCAAAUGCGGUUUGUCAGAAUACCAUUGGUUCCUUCACUUGCACGUGUAAACCUGGAUUUACUGGAAAUGGACUAUCUUGCACAGGUAAGAUAAACUUACACAAAUAGAGGGUUCUUUUCUAAAUAAGACUAGUACAAAAUAAACCAGAAGCUAAAAUGGGUACUGUGCCCGCUGUACCAAGCGCACUGCUAUUAAGCCUGUGUUAGAAUAUUAUAUCCCAGCAACAAGCAGCACAUUCAAACAAAAUCUCCCUUAAUUCAUUACGUUCUCGAGUACGCUGCCAACACAAAAUCGAGAAGUGAAAGGGAAGCUUUGAUAAAAGGCCACAGUUGUAAUUGUAAAAUACACGACUCACAUUCUUUUGCGAUCGAUCAAUUGCUAGAUUUGAACGAGUGCCUCUCUUCACCCUGUGACGCCAAUGCUGUUUGUCAGAAUACCAUUGGUUCCUUCACUUGCACGUGUAAACCUAGAUUUACUGGAAAUGGACUAUCUUGCACAGGUAAGAUAAACUUACACAAAUAGAGGGUUCUUUUCUAAAUACGACUAGUUAAGUAGUACAAAAUAAACCAGAAGCUAAAAUGGGUACUGUCGUGGUGUCUUGAGGGUCAGGUAGAACAUUCCUCUAUAUUUCGAAUCGCUUAUGUCGUUUUGCCACUGAAAUCAUUAAAACUAUUAAAUUUGAUUAUUCCACAGAAGAUAAAUAGAGCUUUUUGUCCUAAAAAAUAACGCUCCAUUAAAUCAGACACACAUUCAUCGGUGGCGAGUACUUACUAUGCUUGCAUAGCGAAUUGCGGAUGUUUGACGUCCACCGACUAUAUCCCGGUUGUCUUAACAUAACAAUAUCUGGUAAAAGGUUAAGUUUGAACAAGUCUAAAUCAUUUUGAAUUCCUGGUCUUAGCUAACCCAAAGCUCUGUAAAUAACCCUUGAACGUUAACAAGCAAUUCUUACCAUAAUAGGUUAAGCGAUCUGUUUUAAAAAACCUUCUUCUGUUUAAAGCAUUUUGCCAGUAAGCAGACAUCCGCCAGUGCACGAGAUUAUUUUAGCAGGAAAUGCAUUAGAACUAUUCUCCUUUCCCUCUUGCCAGUUGAGCAAUCCAUUAUUUUUUAUAAAACGAAAACGUACUUAAUGAUGAUCGGAGCAUGCAAUUUGAGCGAGGUGAAAACUAAAAUGCCAUUCUUGCAUCCCAUAAGCCCAAAGACUAAACUACAAAAAAAAGGAAAAGAAUGUAUAGGAAAGAGAAAAAAGUAACGUUUUUCAAAAUCCAGCUACAUAAUUAUUCAGUUUUAACUUAUAAAUUUUACACGAAUAUUCAUGAACGUGUGGUGAAUACGCAAAUACAUCCAUCCACCCACCUAUUUUUAAAAAAACUACAAAGCAAAGUAAACUGUUUUAUUAAUUUUAAUCUUGCAGUACCAAGCACAGCUCCUCCUCCUCCUCCUACAACUGGUGAGUGAGUUUUCUAAGGAAGACCCCAACCCUUUAACCUCAUUCUAAGAGAUAAUCAAAACUGGUUUUCCGACUGGGAGCAUCCGUUUAUUGAUAAACCAAUGGUCGUAAAUGUGCCAGCUGUACCAAGCGCACUGCUAUUAAGCUUAUGUUAGAAUAUUAUAUCCCAGCAACAAGCAGCACAUUCAAGCAAGAUCUCCCUUAAUUCAUUACGUUCUCGAGUACGCUGCCAACACAAAAUCGAGAAGUGAAAGGGAGGCUUUGAUAACAGGCCACAGUUGUAAUAUAAAAUACAUGACUCACAUUCUUUUACGAUCGAUCAAUUGCUAGAUUUGAACGAGUGCCUCUCUUCACCCUGUGACGCCAGCUCAACAAAGUAUGGGAUCGAGGUUCCGAGGUCCAGCCUCUUACCCUUUUAUUUACAUUUUCAUAUCUGCACCUUUCAUCGCUAAAACAGGGAGUAUUCUUCUGGGUGUUUUGUCUCCAAUAUUUUUUUCGUUUGGUCCUUUUCUGAUCAAAUCUUUCCCAGGGGCGGAGGGAAAGAAGGCUGCGGAAAAUUUGUAUUUAACGUUCUUUUUACUCUUUUUCUUUUAGCUAUCUGUCAAGACACUGCCUCCUCUUGCGCUUGGUUAAGGUUUUUCUGGUGUUCUUUCGCUCCAAGCUCCUGCCUGAGGACCUGCAAUAGAUGUCCUUGAUCUCAUAAAGUCACAGCAAUGAUCGAUACUGACGCCGUUUCAGAGGCUCAUGCUCAUUCUAAGUUUCUGGCUAAACAUAGCUUUAAUACUCUCUUAAAAUACACCGUGCUUACACCACUUUAAUUAAAUUUAACUUGUUAUCGAAAGUUUUUGUCAUCAAGAAAAUUGCAUCCCAAGUUGUGUUGAAAAGGCUGACGUUACUUUGAGCUCCUGUUAGGUAUUUUGUUGAACUUCAUGUGUUAACAUGCUCAGUACGAAGAAUCAUUUUUGCACAGUGUCGAAGAUCAUUACUUUUACAGGAAGCUAAGAAUGACCUCGGUAAA